AUGAAUAUUUGUCGCACUUUAAAUGGGAUGUGGCAAGUGUCUGGCGGUCACGGGCAUAUCGAUCCAACAGCUGCCAUAAAAAAUAUGUUUGAUUAUGUAGAUGCUGGCUUUACUACGUGGGAUUUAGCAGACCAUUAUGGACCAGCUGAAGAUCUAAUGGGCGAUUUCAGACGGCAGCUAGUCGCUACGCGUGGUAACGAAGCUUUAUCUAGUCUACAAGUCUUCACCAAAUGGGUGCCUCAGCCAACAAAAAUGACGAAACAGUUAGUUGAAGAAAACAUCAACAAGUCUCUGAGGCGGAUGGGUAUGGAAUCCAUAGAUUUGCUUCAAUUCCAUUGGUGGGACUAUCGUAAUAGCAAUUAUCUCGAUGCUCUCCGGUAUCUGUCGGAGUUGCAGGAAGAGGGUAAAAUCAAGCAUUUGGGUUUGACGAAUUUUGAUACUGAACGUUUAAAAAUAAUCUAUGAAGCUGAUAUCAAAAUCGUUUCCAAUCAAGUACAAUUUUCGAUAAUAGACCGUCGUCCUGAAGUGCAUAUGAUACAGUUUUGUCAACAGCAUAACAUCAAACUACUAACUUAUGGUACAGUCUGUGGUGGCUUGCUAUCAGAAAAAUUUCUUGGUAAACCCGAACCGCGAAGCGGAGAGUUGACUACCGUUAGUUUGAAAAAGUACAAGAAUAUGAUUAACAAUUGGGGAGGGUGGCAAUUAUUCCAAGAAUUACUUACUGUUCUCAAUCAAAUUGCAAUAAAGCACGGUGUCAGCAUUUCUAACGUGGCAGUACGUUACAUUUUGGAUAAGCCAUCAGUAGGAGGUGUAAUUAUCGGUGCUAGAUUAGGGGUAAGUGAACACUUGCACGACAAUGCUAGGGUAUUUGAAUUUAAUCUUGAUGAUGACGAUACUAAGAAAAUCGAUGUGGUAUCUCGAAAAUCGCGGGACUUGUAUCAGGCAAUUGGUGAUUGCGGGGACGAAUAUCGAUAA